AUGUCAGCACCUAAGAUAACCUCCGAACAACAAUUAACGACCUUCUUCAAACACAUAGAUGUGGAUAAUAAUGGAACUUUAUCCCCAAAAGAACUUCAACGCGUAUUAUUAAACGGAGACUGGUCGGCAUUUAAUUUAGAUACGAUAGAAUUACUUUUUUCAUUAUUCGAUAGUGAUAAAACUGGUACUAUACAUUUUAAUGAAUUUGUAGGUUUGUGGCGUUAUAUUGAAGAUUGGAAACGUAUCUUCUCAGCUUUUGAUGCGGACAAUAGUGGUACUAUUGAAAUUCCCGAAUUAAUUACAGCCAUGAAAAAUUUUGGUUUUAAUAUUAGUGAACAAAUGUUAAAAAAAUUUGUAAAGAAAUAUAAGGUUUCUCAUAACGUUCAAGGCAGAAAGUUGAUGUCAAGUGAAUUAGAACAUGCCAUCUCUUUUGAUAAUUUCGUUCAAUUGUGUGUUACUGUUAGAUCAUUGACUGAAGUUUUUCGUACUUUGGAUAAAGAUGGUUCCGGCUGGGCUAAAAUGAGUUAUGAGCAAUUCUUGGAAGUUAUUGUUAAAAAUAAGUAA